UUGCGCAUGCGUCGUGGUGAUCGUAACGGAAGCAGCACGGCAGCACUCACAGCUCGGCUGUCUGACAGACACUGAAUGAAAACGCACUGAUUUCGACCUAAAAAUGCUGAAAUUUCUACCCAAACUGAUGCUGCUGGUGCUGCUAGCAUUCCCGGCUACUAUUCUCAUGAAAGGGCCGAUGGUCAGCGCCCAGGACCUGACUGAGGACGAGGAGGCUGAGGCUGUGGAUGAAGAUGCUGUGGAUGAUGUGGCAGCGGAGGACGAAGACGACGAGGCAGAAGUGGAAGACGACGAAAAUGCAGAACUGACGGAGGAAAAAGAAGAUGAAGAGGAGGAGGCGCUGGUCGGAGAGGUGAAAGCUUCCCCCAACGCUGACACCACCAUCCUGUUCGUCAAAGGAGACGACUUCCCUGCUAACAACAUCGUAAAGUUCCUGCUCGGCUUCACCAACAAAGGAUCAGAGAACUUUGUCGUGGAGUCUCUGGACGCCUCUUUCCGUUACCCACAGGAUUAUCAGUUCUACAUCCAGAACUUCACUGCUCUCCAGCUCGGCAUCGAGGUUCCCUCCGGCAGACAGGCCACCUUCGAGUACUCCUUCAUCCCCGCAGAGCCGAUGGGAGGACGGCCGUUCGGACUCGUCAUCAACCUCAACUACAAGGACGGCAGUGGAAAUAUUUUCCAGGAUGCAGUUUUCAACCAGACGGUUACCAUCACUGAGAGAGAAGAUGGACUAGAUGGAGAGACGAUCUUCAUGUACGUCUUCCUGUCAGGCCUCGGGCUGUUGGUCGUUGUCGGCCUUCACCAGCUGAUGGAGUCGAGGAAGAGGAGGCGUCCUGCUCCAAAGGUGGAAAUGGGAACUUCGAGCCACAACGAUGUCGACCUGAGCUGGAUCCCACAGGAAACACUCAACCAGAUCAUGCAGAGUCGCAGAGACAAAGCGUCUCCGAAAAGAUCUCCUCGCAAAAGAAGCCAGAAGCGCUCGGCCGGCUCAGACGAGUGACGGGUCCCUGACGCCACGGCGACAGAUCUUCACCCGUCUACAUAUUGAGGAAGAGGAGGAGGAGACAAGGGGAGGGCUGUGAGCGCCACGCCAAGCGCAACUCUGCCUUCUUUACUGAGGAACUUUAACCAGUGCCAAGCACAGCUAUGACUGGCUCUACUUUCAGCUUAAAAACUGUUCCACACACACACACACACACACACACACACACACACACACACACACACACACACACACACACACACACACACACACACACACACACACACACACACACACACACACACACAGGCAGGUUUGUUUAAUGUUUUCUAAAGAGAGGUGAAAGGAAGGUCUUGGAACAGGUGUGUGGGUUUUAAAGGCAGGUGAGGAUGUUUUCUAUACAGGUUGUUGCGUUUCUUUUGGAUGAUGUGUUUGCCUUCGUAAGAGAACUGCUGAUUUGAUCGUCGUGGGACAGUUUUGAUUGUUUCUUCGUUGAUUACCUCCCACUCUGGUGUAGGGCUGAAACAAAUAGUGGUUCAUCAAUCAGUUUAGCAUCAAUAUUCAUUUGUUAUGAUGAUAAACUGAAAAUCUUGUCUUUUUUGACUUUUGAUGAACAUUUGUCACUUUUUCUACAUUUACCAACAAAUAAUAACUGUAAUCAUUAUUUACAGUCCUACCCUGGAGUGUUAAAACGGUAACAUGCAGUCUUUUGUUUUCAAUUGUGCAUUUUGUUUUUGUAGUUUCAAGUUCACAGAUUGUGUCAGAUGUGUUUCUAGCUGCUGUUGUUUUUUUUUCUUCGGCUCCCUUUCACUGCACUGAUCCUGAGAAUAUUCUGAUCCUGGUGUCGGGUAUCACUGAUUCACACUCUCCUGACGCUAGGUCACUAAAGAAUGCCGCCGUCCUGUUAAAUGUAGCAGAGUGGAACGCUUUGAGCUCUCUGUGUCUGAAUGAACCCUGCAGACGGCCUGACAGUAGUUUUCAAAGUGUUACUUUCAAACUAAGGUUUUAAUAUGCGACAGAAUAAGGAGUCAAAAUUAAGAAACAAAAUAAAAUGUAGGAGCUUGCAAGAGCGCACUCAGUAGCAUCCCUGUGGACUUGUGUGUGCCGUUAUUGUGUAUAAACGGUUCCUAUAAAUGUCUUCGUUGCUACAUAGUUUUGAUUUGGGUGUUGCCUUUAAAUGUGGCACAUAUAUUGCUGGAUGAAUUUGGCAUUUAACUGGUUCAAAUCCAGUGCAGUCUGCAGCUGAACUAUCAUAAGACAGGUGAACAUUGCCUUGUUUGGUUUAUGAAAUACAGAGUGAGAAUUCAUGAUUAUUUCAUGUUUGAAGUUCACAUUUUGGGAUGAGACGCAAAGCAGGAAGUUGUCAGUUUUCAGAAAAAAGUCGCCUUUUUGGACUGUUGGAGUAACAACACCAACAAAUGAAAAGACCUAAAUGAGACUUAAACACCAUGAUAGACAUUUCUAACUGUUCUCUUAUGAAGAAUGGCAGAAUUAAAGAUGACAAUAAUAAGUUUACUACAAAGGAUCUUCAGAGUCUGCUGAAAUGAUGCAGAAUGACCAAAAGUCAGGAAUAUCACAUCAGCAGGUGGAGAACAUGAUUCUUUUGCUUUCUAAUCAGAUCUGCAUAAAGGAAGUUAGGAAGACGAGUGGAGCACAGUGUCUGAUAGAAAACUUCCAUAUAUAUGCCUGACUUAGUAAAAUAAUGAACCCAACACUCACACGUUACAGAAACUAAGAGGAAACCAUUCACCGUGUCAUCAACAACCUCAGCAACUCAGAUGAGACUUCUUGUAGAAUCGCAAGAUUUAAAAAUUACAAACUACGGAAGCCCUGAAGGCAAGUGAGAAAAAACAUUCUGGUUAUCCUUUUUUUCAAAGUCUGAUCUAAAUUGUUUUCUCUUCUGUGUUCAGUUGUGUCAGUUCUAAAAAGACACAUUUCUCUUUUCUAUAAGUUUACCAAUUCCUUAGUGUUAGUUUUUUUAUUUUAUUCAAGCUAAAUUCAUUUUUCUGACUUAUUCUCGCUGUGAAAAUAUGCAGCUAAAUGUUCUAACAGGCUCUGUUCUGCAUCAUUUGCCUGUCUGGGCAAUUUAUAUUUAUUAGUCAUGUUUUUUAAAAAAAAUUAACUCAUCUAUUUUCUUAAAAUAGAAACGCAUAAUUGUCCAAGUUUCUUAAUUUGGCUGUGGCAGCGGGUGCAAAAUCAGUUCUAGCAGGCGAUUUUAUUUCCUUGAAUCACUUCCAAUGACAACAUGAGGAGAGAUGUUUAGACAGGCUGAAGAAAUGUUCUCAGGUUUUCUCCGACGUUAUUUUUUCUCCUUCCAAAUCAGAAAUGUCAAAGUUUCAAUCAAGCGCUUGUUGAAAUAUUAAUUUUAGCAACAAGAAAUAAUGAAUCCAUGCAACCCAAACAGAAGGAAGCUGCAUACAGCAUACUAGAAGUCAAAACGUUUUCUCCUUUUUUUGGGACUGAAAUUACAAAAUUCAUUUUAAUGAAUCCGUUUCGUAUGAAAAAGCCACAUUAAAGAAAAAAGGAAGAAUAAAGUUGUAUAGUUGCAAGGAAAAAAAGUCAAAUGUAAGUGUAGUUUCUGAUUUUGCUAUGCUUGGCCAUGCUCUGCCUGUAUGUUUUGUUAUUGUGGCGGAGCAUCUUGAGAAGACUUUUAUUUGAUAAUUAAUGUUUAAAUACUAAAGUUUAAAGCCUAACCAUGGCCUAACAUUACAACAUCAUUAUUUUAAUAUUUUGACUUUCUUCUCAUAAAAUAAGGACUUUCUCAUCCUACGACUUUUUUCCUUGUUCUAUAUAAAUUGUUCUUAGUUCAUUUUGUCAUUUCAUGAGAUAGUUUCCCGCCUUUUUUUCCUGACAUUUUCACUCAGAAGAUAAAACGGUUAAGACUCAGACUAAAGACAUGUCUUUUCUUCUUCUCUCUUGUCCUUCAGGGGUUAAAUAUCAAACCAUCAACAUGUGCCUGUUUUCUACUUUUCUUGAUUCUCUCUGUAACCAUAUUUUCAAAAUCAGAAGAUCAAUUUACCUGAAAGUGAAUCUGAGUGUUUUUGUUUUCUAUUUUCUUUUUCAAUUGUAACAAUGUUGAACUGGCUGAAGCACUGGUGUAAAUACUGGCUGAUGGAGGAUCACAGCAAAAUUACUGAGCUAAUUUAUUUGAGUGACAGAUUUGGUCCUAAAUAGGGUGGGGUUUUGUGCACUGUUAUUUUAUUUUACCACUAGGGGACAGCACUGAUUUGCUUUGCAGGCUGUGGGCUCUGUUUGAAGUUCCUGCUCUGCAGAGCUUUUACAUUUAAAGCUUUGUGGUUCUGUGAGGAAAUGACCUCAAAGUUUGGAUUCAAACUGUUGUUUCAUGUUGGAAUUAGACAAUCCGACAAGUUGCAUUAUCAGAAAAACACAGUCCAGAUUUAACACACCUGAUACGGAUCAUAGAUCCACAGAAAACUGAGCGGAUGUUUAGGUUUUUCUUUUCUUUUCUAAGAUGAUGGGGCUGUCAUUCACAGAUUGAAGUUUCGACUUUCAUUUGCUUUUAAAUGUGCAGAAAAUAAACUUUGAUGAUUUGCUGUA